UCUGCUGAGUAUAAACUUAUGCACAUGGGUAUGUGUACACAUUCCAACUAUACACACCAUGGGGCUAACCGGCAGCUCAGCGAAAGAGGAGAUCUCUUUUCACCCACACUGCAAAGGGUCUCGUAUUUCCCUGAACCACUGUCUCCACCGGGCAAGUCGAUCCUACAGCUUCCACGAUGGACUGGUCUUCUCCAAUCGCCCACUGAAACCCAGAGAAAAAGUCUGCAUUAAAGUUCUGGAAGAAGAGUUAAGCUGGCACGGUGCUCUUAGAGUGGGCGUUACCACUGUGAAUCCCAACACGAUCAAUGCCAAUUCUUUACCACCAUUCGCUUGCCCAGAUCUUAUUGUGAAUCCUGGAUUCUGGGCCAUAGGUAUACCAGAGGAACUUUGUGAAAAGGGAGCUGAACUGCACUUCUGGAUCAACCAAAAGGGACAGGCACUCUGUCAAGGACGGCAGAAUUCUCGACCCAAAGUGCUCUUCUCAGGAAUUCCAAAAAAAACACCUGUCUGGGUCAUGUUGGAUGUUUAUGGCAAGACAAAGACCAUCCAACUAAUUAAUGGUCAAUCAAAGCAGACAGAAUCUCAUUGUCGCUGCCACCCGCACAUCCAAAAAGAGCACACAAAUACAUGUACAACGACAUGUACAAAGAACAAAUCACUGUCAACUUUGGACAACACUUCAGAUUCCGUGGUCCAGUGUCUGCACAAAUCCACUACAACAGACUUUCACUCAGUAUCAACAUACCCUCCGUAUUAUGAGGGUGGCUCUCUCUGUAUAAUCUGCCAAGACAGACUAGCAGACACUUUGUUGUUACCCUGCUUGCACAGCUUUUUCUGUGAACAGUGUACUGUGAAAAUGAAAAGUCAGAAUAAUCUCUGUCCAUUGUGUCGUCAAACUAUUGUGCAGUCGCAGAACAUUGAAACACUACAGCUGUCCAACAUACUCCUUGCAACCAUCUAAUUUCAUGCUGUAUUUGGCACAAUGACACUUUAAAGACUAUUCUACAAGCUAAGGAUAUCAUUGGUUCACGUUAUGCAUGCCUUUCUAUGUUGCUAAUCCAUUUGAUUGCUAGAAUAUCCUUAGGAGACCUUAACUAUGCAGAAGUUCAUGCACCAAGUGAUAUUUAAGAGACAAUGUUAACUGUGGGUGAAGAUUGGUCCAAAGAAGGUAGAAGUAUGUAAAAAAAGAAGAUAGAAUUAAGUAGAAAAGAAUGUAGAGGAACAUAAAAAAGAAGGCAGAAUUAAGUAGAAAAGAAGGUUGGCAUAUUUACAAAAGAAGGUAUAAGUAAGU